AAAAGAAGAGCGUCAAUGCAACACUUUCUCAUAUAGUGUUUCCUAUUUCCUUAUUUCAUUUGUGUUUCACUGAAUACAAAAGUGUGAGCUACAAAUACGCUGAGCUUUUUAUCUUUUCCUGUUCUACAUUUUAGGUCUACUACUUUCAUUUACAAUCUAGCAUUUCUUCCCGAAUGUCUAACGUCGCUGUGAGAGUUAUUUCUAUAGUUAUAGGUGUAUUCUUGAUAUCCUUUGGGACAUUGAAACUAGGCCCCUUAUUUAUUGAUGAGUUAUAUCGCAGCGUGGUAAGUUGUAUUAAUAGAAAUUACACCUAGUGUUUUGUUUUACAGAGAAAGAGUUCCAUUAGAAUGCUUGAAACAUUUCCACUUAGUUCAUUGACUGAAUGGAAUGUUAGUCCUGAUGUAAUCAGGCGAGUUUAUGGAGCAAUGGAAGUUGUGGGUGGUGUUGUGCUUGCAUCUUGUCCAGGUAUCGCACAAGAUGUCAGCAAUGUUGUACUGCUUGUCUUGAUGUUACUCCACUUGUUUGGCAUUUGGCGUGCAGGAGAUGGGUUAAGAGAAGCAUCCAAUGCUAUUGUAUUAUGCUUGAUGUUGACCUGCAGAUUCAUCAUAAGAGUUCAACUUAUGCAAAAGAAUGAGGAAGCCACUGAAAGGCUUGAAUAUGUUAAAAAGGAUAUACGAAAACAAAUUAUUAUGCUACAAAGGGAAUUAAAGAAAAUGGAUGCUGCCUGCAAUCAAUUAGAACAAAACACUCAUAAGGCUGAACGAAAUAAUGACAAUAAUUCUUCCGACCCAACCAAAUCAUGAUUAUAUAUACAUUUAUAUAUGUUGAUGCACUUACUUGACAGUUGUGUCGGUGAGAAAAUAUUUAUACUUUUAUUAAAUAUUUCAAUUGUAACAACUUUAUAUAAGGUUGAAUUAUGUAAGUAUUUUUUGCUAUUGAUGCAUUGCACAGUGAUGUACACCAGGUGUUAAGCAAAAUAAAUUGAGCAUAAAUAUGCACA